CUCUUAUUCUGUGUUUUUGUUGGUUUGCAGCACGGAAAUUUUAUAACAGCAGAGUUAUGUGUACAGUCUCAGGCAGUGUUAUUUCCCAUCUAAGACUCUAACCUCCAGCUCCACAGCAGCAGACAACAUGGUGAAUCUCGGUCUCACCAAGGUGGACGAUGCGCUGGCGGCAAAACACCCGGGUUUAGGGAGUUACGCUGCCUGCCAGUCUCAUGCCUUCAUGAAGGGGACUGGGACCUUUGUACUUGGUGCUGUCGGGUUUUUUGCCCUUCAGAGGGUUUUACAGAAGAAGCUUCCUUAUCCUCUUCAGUGGAGCCUGCUUGUUUCAAUAGUGGCGUCGUCAGUGGGCAGUUAUGCAGUGACUCGAUGGGAAACACAGAAAUGCUCAGACCUCUGGUUGCUACUAGAAACAGGAAAAGUGCCGGACAGAUCGCCACCACAGGUACCUAAAACAGAGGAAUCAGAGGGAUCAGGGAAGACAAAAUAUGGUGAUAUAAUGGAAUGAACAUAAUUAUGAAUAAACAUGUUUAUCUUCUGUAAAUAACUGCACCCCUUCAUAAAAUAUUCUACACUGGAGAUGUCCAGAUAA